CUUAUGACAACUUCCAGAUACUUUUAUCAAGGCAGGUUAUCUGCUUGCACAUUAACCCGCUAAAGAUUUAUAUUUUAAUGAUACUAGAGAUGGCGCUUUUACAUGUUUACUAGUCUGGUAUGAACAUGGGAUAAAGUGCCUUUUCUAUGGGUGUGUCAUCGGCCAUUUGUAUUCGGACUUUGAAUUUACCACUCGCUCGCUUUUUUUUGUCCCGUCCAUAUUUUUCUCACUUUGUCAGACACUAUAAUACUGUAUAUACCACUGUCUCCUCUAUGGCAUCAACAUUAGAUUAUAAUACUAUUUCAGAUGCAAUAUUACAUUGUGCAGCAACUAACUCCUCGCCCUUGGAAAUUGAUGCGUUUCUAAAGAGAGAAAAUAUUACCAUGUCGCAUGCCAAAGAGUUUCUAUCUACAGACGUCGAUGAUUCGGUUCCUCCAGAAGAGCAUUUAGCCAUGCUGAAGAGUCUGUCGACAGACCCACCCAAGCAUGAAUCAAACUCAGCCCUUCAUGCGGCUUCAAGGGGGAUGGUGCAGAAGUAUCUGGAUGAUAUAGACAAUAUGGAUCAAUUGCAAAGCCAAGUCACGCAAGCCAUUGAAAAGACAGAGCAAUCGCAAUCAUUACUGGAAACUGCCGUCCAAUCGGCACAAACCGAGUUAUAAUAAAAUAUGGAAAGUUUUUACGAAGGAGACAAGUGUGAUGAGCGAAACAAUGGGAAUGGUAAGCCCAAGAAAGAUGCACCACAUGAAU